UUACUUGAGGAUGGUGCAAGAGAGCCAACAACAAUCUGAUGACACCGUUAGGCGAAGAAGAAAGGUGAUAGAGCGAUCCCGUGAAGAAGGUCACAAUCGAUUGUUCAACGACUACUUUUCUGAAACCCCUGUAUUCACAGAAACCCAAUUCCGACGAAGGUUUCGAAUGCGAAGGGAGUUGUUUCUUAGAAUUGUAGAAGCACUUGGCAAUCAUGACAAUUAUUUUCAAAUGAGGGUUGAUGCCGUACGUAAAAAAGGUCUUUCACCAUUACAAAAGUGCACCGCCGCUAUUCGUAUGUUGGCAUACGGAUCACCUGCUGACAAUCUGGAUGAGUAUGUAAGAAUUGGUGAAAGUACUGCAAUUGAGUGCUUAGAGAGAUUUGUAACGGGUGUGAAUGAAAUAUUUGCAGCCCAUUACUUGAGGAGACCGAACAAAGAGGACAUUACACGCCUACUACAAAUGGGGGAGUCUCGUGGAUUUCCAGGUAUGUUGGGUUCCAUUGACUGUAUGCAUUCGGAAUGGAAAAAUUGUCCAGUUGCAUGGAAAUGUCAGUAUUCUCGAGGUGAUCAUGGCAAACCCACAAUCAUGCUUGAAGCAGUGGCAUCACAAGACUUGUGGAUUUGGCAUGCUUUUUUUGGCAUUGCAGGUUCUAACAAUGAUAUCAAUGUGCUAAACCAAUCUGAUGUGUUUACCAAUGUGUUGAAUGGCACAGCUCCUGAAGUGCACUACGAGGUGAACAGAACACAAUAUCAUAUGGGUUACUAUCUAGCGGAUGGUAUCUAUCCCGAGUGGGCUACAUUUGUCAAGACAAUCCCAAUGCCACAAGGAGAAAAAAGACAAUUGUUUGCCAAAGCACAAGAAGGAGCAAGAAAGGAUGUUGAGCGCGCAUUUGGAGUACUCCAAUCUCGAUUUGCAAUUAUUCGUGGCCCAUCACGCUUUUGGCAUGUGAAUACCAUGAAACAAAUAAUGUAUGCAUGCAUUAUAUUGCAUAACAUGAUUGUUGAAGAUGAACGUGAGGGGUAUAAUGGUAAUUUUGUUUACGACCAAGUAGACAAUGACAUCAUAACCGCUGAAGUAUCUAAUGGUCCUAUCCCUUCAUUUGCAACAUUCUUAGAAAGAAGAGGUCAUAUGAGUCAAAGAGAAAUCCAUCGCCAACUUCAAGCAGACUUGGUGGAACAUAUUUGGGAGCUCUCCGAAAGUAGGAAUAAUGAAAUUUAAUCUUUGAGAGAGUUUUCAUUAUUUUUUAUUUUGCAAUGAAUUGUAUCUUAUU